UUUGAAGUGAACUGCUGCCUGGGACUGCCCUACAAGCUGCAAAGUCGCCAACAAGCAUUAGAUUUUAACAGUAUAUUUCCCACAUUUUCUCCGUAUUGUUGUAACGUCUCUAUGCAGCGGGGAGACGAUGAUGUUAGGCCAUCACUACUCGGACAACGACAAGUCACAGCAACUGGUCAACUAUGUGGAGGAUUACCUGGAAUGUGUGGAGUCUCUGCCUUUGGACAUACAAAGAAAUGUUUCCCUUCUCCGAGAAAUCGAUGCAAAGUACCAAGAGGUGCUGAAGGAGGUGGAUGAAGUGUUUGAGAAGUACAAAGGUGAGCAGGACGCCGCUCAGAGGAAGCGUCUGCAGAUCCAGCUGCAGAGGGCGCUCAUCAUCAGCCAGGAGCUCGGCGAUGAGAAGAUCCACGUUGUCACCCAGAUGACUGAGCUGGUGGAGAACCGCUCCCGUCAGAUGGACUCUCACUCACUGUGCCUGCAGGAUUCCAGUGAGGCCGAACGCAUCCCAACAGAGCGUCGCGCCAGUGUGCAAGACUCUCCUGCUCCAGAGCGCACCUCAGCCCGCCGACCUCGACGUCAGAGAAACAGUGAGAGCCGGGACUCGAGCCACCCAUCGGCCAAUGGGUCUCUGGUGGAUGACCCGGUGGAGGAGCUGUCCAUUCCUGCACCUCGAGAGAAGAAGUCCAAGUCUGCGAAGAAGAAGAAGCGUAAGGCCAAACAGGAGCGAGACGCCUCACCUGUCGACUUUGCCAUCGACCCCAACGAGCCAACAUACUGCCUCUGUGAGCAGGUGUCGUACGGCGAGAUGAUUGGCUGUGACAACGACCAGUGCCCCAUUGAGUGGUUCCACUUCUCCUGUGUGGGGCUGACAUACAAGCCCAAAGGGAAGUGGUACUGCCCCAAAUGCAGAGGAGACAACGAAAAGACCAUGGACAAAAGCCUGGACAAAAACAGAAAAGACCGCAGGUCGAGGUAGUGAGGCGCGCCCAGCGUCCUCGAGAUGUAAGAGCACAAUCGACCAACAUCAGUAGCAGCGCUUAUUAUUAAUCAAGGACCAGAUGUGAUUGUUCCCACUGAGGCUGGGAGUCAGACUGCUGCAAGAAUCAUCGGCUUCAAGCUGCCGUCCUCCUCAACUAUUCUUAUUUCUCAGAGAUUUUCACUUUUAAGUAGAGUUGGGAAAUACAAAUUAUAAAUCAUAGCUCCGUUUUCUACUAGUAUGGCAAUUUGUGGUAAAAUGGCAUCACAUUAGUGAAACCCAAACUAUAUAUAUACCUGUUUGAUACCAGGCAACAAAAACAGCUUAGUCCUAGACACCAAAAUUUGGGAAAAUGUCAUUUGUAGUCAUCAGUCAUCCAAAAUCUUGUUAACAGUGAUGAAAUGUCUCAGUUUAUCCCCUGCAGGAUUGAUUUUGUUUUGACAUCCUGCCGACAACGCCAGUUUCAGUAUAUUGAGUUUGUUGUUACAAGUCUGUCCUUUCAAAAUGAUCUAAUCUGUUAUUUUAAUGAUCAGUGGCACCAAGAAAGUGCUGAAAACUUUACAGUCAUGAUCUACAGUCCUAGUUUUAACCUAGAGAAAAAGAGAGAGCACCAUGUGAAUAGCACAAAAGGAUCAGCAAUUUAAGGAAAAAGGGUGGAACUAUCUAGGAACAAAAGUUUCCUGUAUCUGUGCAUUUCAAAUGGUGUGCAGAGGGGAGCCAGCAAGUUUGAUGACAAGAAAAUAAAACUGGAACUUGCAAUGAGCCCUUCACUUUCUUAAUGUCUUUAGAUAUGUUGGCAACAGUUGGAGAAACAAUUAGAAGUGGUAUAGGGGGGAACUGGCAAGAAGCACCCCAAUUACAGUUCCAUCCACUUUUUCAAAUAUUGCAAAUGUAUUUGCACGAUUUAGACAAUCUGCAUUAGAUUGCCUUCAGUUCUUGAUAAUUAGAAAUAAGCGUUGCCAUCUUAUUCCUCUCCUUUUGGCAACAUUUGGAAAAGUGGGUAGAAGUGACUAUGAGCCAUUGCUUCUCGCCAAUUCCAUUUACUUCCACAACUGUUUAAAUUGCUCUUUCUGAAUUUCAGAACAGAUAUGUUGGCAGCUUUUGAAAAAAAUGGGUAGAAGGGGCAAUGAUUGCUCCUUUCAUGUCAUUCUGGUGUUGGCAACAUUUGAAUAAGUUGUUGGAACUGGAGAGGAGGAAAGAUUUCCCUAUAUUUCCCUUGCUUCUCACCAGUUCCACCCAUGUUUUCAAAAUGUUACCAAAAAAUUCAGGCAACCUCAUGAGCACUGUCUAAAUUGGGCAUAUACAUUGGCAAUUCCUCCCCAAAAAUUGCAUGAACCAAUAUUGAGUAAGAGUUUGCUUACUUACAGUUCAAACCAAUUUGCCAAAUGCUGCAGAAGUAUUUUUGCAAUUUAGACAGAUUACCAAUUUUCAUGGGCAAAACAAUUAAUGCUUCCAACUUGAUCCUCUCUGUUUGGCAACAUUAGAAAAGUGAGCAAAAUUGGCUAGGAGUUAUCACUUCUUGCCAGUUAAAUGAAUUUUUUGUUAAUGCCUAAAUUGAAUAUGUUGGCAACAUUUGAUAAAGUUGUUGGAACUGGCCAUGAUUUCUUAUGUUCAUGCAAUUUAGAGUGUAUAAUGAUUACAAAAAUUGUCACUACUCAUUCUGUUAGCAACAUUUGAAAAAGUGGGUGGAACUGGCAAGGAAUGUUGCCAAUGUAUCUGCACAACUUAGGCGGUGAUUGCCUGCAAGUUUCGACAGUUAACAUAAAACCCUGCAUGGCACUAGUUAGGACCAAGAGUUUUGCCUCCUUACAGCUCAUCCUACUUUCCAAUAGUGCUUAAGUAUUUGUACAAUUUAGACAGGUGAUGCCUUCAACUUUUGAUAGGCAAAAACAAUGUUGCCAACUUGAUCUCUGCCAUUUGGCAACAUUUGGAUAAGUGGAUGGAAAUGGAAUUAAGCUUCCUCAAUAAUCCACUAUUCCAAAUGUUGCCAAAUGACAAGAAUAAAGUUGGCAACAUCAUUGUUUCUGCUAAUCAAAAAUUGCAGGUGUCCUGUCUAAAUUGCACAGAUUUUUGGCAAAAUAUGAAAAGAGCGUGUGGUUCUGACAGGGAGCUACAGUUCACUCAGUGCUUGCAAGUUCCACCCAUUUUUUCCCCCAAAUAUUGUCAGCGUAUUUGCACAAUUUAGAUGUAAGAGUGCCUGUGAUUUUUGAUAGUUAUUUUUUUACUAAUAUUAUUAUGUGGAACAAGUCAGGAGCAAUAGUUUUUUUUCCCCUUAUAGCUCAGUCCUCUUUUAAAAAAGCUAUCAAAGUUUUUUUCCAAUUUAAACAGGCAAUUCCCUGCAGUUUUUGGUGGGAAAAACAUUUAAAGUUGCCAACUUGAUCCUCCUUGUUUGGCAACAUUUGGAAAAUGGGUGAAACAGGGAAGAAGCACGCUCACCAGUUCCAUCUGCUUUUCCAAAUGUUGUGAAGGUAUUUGAGAGUGUGAGGAAUUUUCCUGCAAUUUUAAGAAAUAAAAAGAAUAAAUUGCCCAAUUUCUGGUGUCUAAGACUAAUCUAUAUCAUUUGAUAUUUGCCAAUAAUAGAAAUUCUCCUAAAUACAAUGAAAUAAAUAAAAUGAUAAUUCUCCAUUUAGACCAACGAUAAUCUUUUGGUCAAUAUCUUGUUGAACAUUUUGAUGUCUCUCAAAAUCUGGAUAUGUUGCCCAGCCCUACUUCAAAAGAAGGCAAAGCAAAGGAAUCGUCUCCUGGUUUAUUUUCUCUUUCUUCAAUCUUGAGUUCCUAAUAAAAAAUAAGAACUAUCUUUAAUUUCUUUAAUUGUUCUCUGAAUCCGUCUCCAUACAAUAAUGUUGAGUAGAGAGUGAGCUCCAUGUUUUAUGUUUACAGAGAGAAUAUUGAUAUUUAACGAGGAGAUGAUUGUCGAUGGGACACUGGAAUACGACGUCAUGUUUGUGGACUUUCUGUUUUUAUUGGUUCUUUACCUCUAUUGUGUACAUUUCUUUUUAUAUUCAUUAAA